AAGUUCAACUUUCCGAUGGCGUUCACUACAACGAUGUUGUCAUGGAGCGUUCUAGAGUUCGGAAAUUCGAUGGGUGCAGAUCAUGAACAUGCUUUGGAAGCUAUAAGAUGGGGGACUGACUAUUUUCUUAAAGCUACUAGUGUUCCUGAUUCUGUCGUUGGUGCAGUUGGUGACCCCAAUGGCGACCACACUUGUUGGCAAAGGCCAGAAGACAUGGACACUCCUAGAACCUCUUAUGUGGUAACAAAAGAAAAGCCAGGUUCUGAGGUAUCGGCCGAGAUUGCAGCUGCGCUUGCAGCGUCUUCCAUGGUUUUUAAAGAUUCAGACAAAGGCUACUCUGCUUUGCUUCUUAAACGAUCCAUCGAGGUUUUUGAAUUUGCAGAUAAGUACAAGGGCUCUUACGGUGACAAUAUUGGUAGCGGAGUGUGUCCUUUUUACUGUGAUUUUAGCGGCUACAUGGAUGAAUUGGUUUGGGGAGCUGCGUGGUUAUACAAGGCAACCAAUACACCAGAUUAUUGGAACUAUGUCAGAAACAACAUAGUUGGUGAUGUCACUGAAUUUGGGUGGGAUUCAAAACAUGCUGGCAUCAACGUACUCGUUUCUCAGUGGGCAAUGACUGAUCCCAAUAAUUCUAAUCCCUUUAUUCCCAAGGCAGACCAACUUGUAUGCUCCAUUUUGCCUGAAUCACCUGCUCAAAAAUCAGUCACAUAUUCACCAGGUGGGCUCUUGUUCAAACCUGGUGGAAGUAACCUCCAACAUACAACGUCCCUAUCAUUUCUUCUUUCAGUUUAUGCAGGCUACAUGAAAGCUAACAACAAAGUUAUCGACUGUGGCAACAAUGUUGUUGUCACUCCAGCUAAAUUGGUGGAUUUCACCAAAGGCCAGGUUGAUUAUAUACUAGGAAAAAACCCACUAGGGAUGUCAUACAUGGUUGGAUUUGGGCAAAAGUUUCCUCAGAAAAUACAUCACCGUGGGUCUGUGAUACCUUCGAUCGACCAACACCCGCAACAUAUCGAGUGCCAUGGAGGAGACGAGUAUUUCAAGAGCAACAGUCCUAACCCUAACUUGCUAACAGGUGCUAUUGUGGGAGGACCUGCUGAAAACGAUACAUUCGAAGAUUCUCGAUCUAAUGUUGCACAAUCGGAGCCAACCACAUAUAUCAACGCACCUUUUGUGGGUGUAUUGGCUGCCUUACUUUAAGCCAAUAU